AGUCAGGCCAAACAACUACGCGCCUUCUUCAGGUAGCUCUGUUGACUUUGCGGGGCAACUCUAUUUUUAAGCACUUGAGGAACGACCUACACUUCUUACAUAUCUUACAUAUUUUAGGUAUACAUACGUCAAUCAAUCAAUCAGUGUGUUUUCUGUGACAAAAAGUACAAAAAAAAAGGGCAUACAGUAUCGAACAGAUCGGUCAUUUUAUUCCCUGAAACCUGCCGUCUUUGGCUUCGGAGGCGCUUAAGUUGGACAGACAAUGUGCACCUCGAUUUGACUUAGCCACUGUAUGUAAACCCACAAGAAGAAAUUCCUUUACUACAGCCUCAUUCCUUAACCACCCCCGAUCGAUUAAUGCCUGUUCGGGCUACAUAGUACUUUCCAAGUCCGCUCAAGUUUGGCAGACAAGUUCAAUCGUGGGGGUUAACCUACCUAACCUUAGAGGUACCUAUUGACGAUAAAAUCGAGUACAACUACAACUGUGCCCCUCAACGUCGAACAUCAAUUCACUUGCGCCGCUCGCGUGCCUAUUUCCUUCAGUCGAAAUGGCCAACUUGGGACCUAGGAGAUUGACGAAGGAGUUGGCUAAGAUAUCGAAUAGCUUACCUCCCGGUAUUGCUUUAGUCUCGGCAGAUAACCUUGAAGAGUGGUUUCUGGACAUCCAGGUUCUGGACCAGAAUCCUAUUUAUGCAGGCCAGACGUACCGUCUAAAAUUCAAGUUCAGCAACUCGUAUCCCAUUGAACCUCCCGAGGUGACUUUCGUCAAGCUAGAAACCCGCCCGAUACCCAUGCACCCUCACAUUUACUCUAACGGAAUCAUAUGCCUCGACUUGCUCGGGACGCAGGGAUGGAGCCCUGUCCAGAACGUUGAAAGCGUAUGCAUGAGCAUCCAGAGCAUGUUGACAGGAAACACCAAGAACGAACGCCCACCCGGCGACGAGGAAUUCGUACGUGGAAACCGCUUGCGACCGAGAGACAUCGAUUUCUACUACCACGAUAACACCGUAUAAGAAGAUCGCGUCCAAUUACUAUAUUCCCUAGUAGGGUUACCACUGGCCGUUUCACAACUUGGCGACUCGCUAAGACUCGAAGCACCUCGUUUCACUUGCAUAACUGUUGCCUGGACUAGAUUUACAAAGCAUACUUUGUUGGACACCUGAAGGUGUGGGAGAUUCAUCCAGUGAGGCUGAAUUCUCUUAAGUUGAUAUUAGCAGAGCGUGAAGCUGAUAGACAUUGCGUGGAUAGGUAGCAUCGACGGUCAAAGUAAACCAUUUAUAUGGGAGCCAAGAUUCCCGCGAUUGGUAUUUUAACGCUACGACAACAAUCAUACAUUCCGGGUGACUGUGUAUCUUAGCUUUAAGAUUCGGUUAAUACUUGAACAAUUCGUGACGCCAGAGCCAUCCGUAGCAUUUUGAGGAACAUGCCCGUACUAGCAUCCAAAAUAGUAAUAGCAAGCUAGAUGUUGUUUUCCAUCGAAUUCAACAAUGCUCAAUGCUCUUUCUUAGGUAUUGAACCAAAUUGACACAUUUCAUACAGCCGCAUAGCUUGUGUACCUUAUAAGGUGUAGAGAGCGGAGCUGUGACGUCGUGUCCCUCCUUGCUGCUUUUGCAUACUACAUAGUACCUACCACAAUACAAAGGUCGGGCAUA